UGAGUUCCGAGCGGAGCAACCCCACGGCUGUCACGCAGGUGCCCUGGGUCUGGGUCAAGAUGGAGCUGCCCCCGGUGAACCUGAAGGCGAUCCUUCUGGUUCAUUGGCUGCUGACGACCUGGGGCUGCAUCGUGUUCUCGGGCCCCUAUGCCUGGGCCAACUUCACCAUCCUGGCCUUGGGCGUGUGGGCUGUUGCUCAAAGGGACUCCAUCGACGCAAUAAGCAUGUUUCUCAGUGGCUUGGUGGUCACCAUCUUCCUGGACAUCAUCCAAAUUAGCAUCUUCUACCCACGGGAGAACCUCACAGACACGGGCCGUUUUGGGGCUGGCAUGGCCAUCCUCAGCCUGAUCCUCAAGCCACUCUCCUGCUGCCUCGUCUACCACAUGUACCGAGAACGUGGGGGUGAGCUCCUGCUCCAUGUUGGUUUCCUUGGACCCUCGGAGGAGCGCAGUGCCUACCAGACGAUUGACUCUCCAGAAGGGCCCAAUGACCCCUUUGCAGGCCCAGAGAGCAGGGGUCAGACAACACAAGGGUAUUGA